UCUCAUUUCAAGUCGUCCUUGUUCGACACUGCACCUUGCCAUUCACACACUCUCUCAAGCAACAACAACUACACUUCUAUUGUCAUCACUCAAACCCACGACAAACCCGCAGCCAUCCGGUCUUCAUUCCAACGCCAUAGGCGCCAGGCCUCAACUCUCGGCGCUGCAGACGACUUUCCUUUCCUCCCACUCCCACCCGAUCAAUCUGCAAUGGCACAGCAGGGCUCAAGCUCGGGCAUUGCAGUCCGCGGCGCAUCCACUCGCGCGCUCUCUUCGGCACUCCGCGGCGCUGGCAUGAGCUCCGACGCUGGACAGGGCAUGGACGUCGACGGAGGCAUUGGCAGAACGCGCGGUGGCCGUCACCGCCGUUCAGAGGCGCGGUCGGCUGGUAACCCACUCGAUCAGUCUGGACGCCACCGACCAGGAAAAGACACUCCUUACAGCAAGCCCGAUGGCAAGGGAUCGCUCUCCAGCCGCAUCGGCGCCGUCGCUGGCUCCAGCAGCUCCGGCGGCCAAGCGCCUGCCCGCGGCGCCAAAGGCAAGCGCAACAUCAACCCGCGCCGCAACCCCGAGGGAACGCCAGACGUUCUCCGUGACACCAACCCCAAGCGCGCUCAGGUUCAGUCUCAACAGCACAGCAAGCUCAACGAAGUGCUGAGGGGCGAUGAAAUCAAGGAAUGGCUCAAGAGCCGCGUUAUCGCGCCCGGUGUCCUCGACAUGUCGAACCUCCCGGGCGAUGCCUGGCUGCAGGAGAAAGGUAUUCUCCCUCCCGGCCACAAGGACGCCCCCGUCAACGUCGGCCACGUCUUUUGGAAGCUCAUCUCGUCCACUCUGGAAACCCCCGGCAACCCCAUCACCACCCUGUCAUUGGCCAAGAACGAGUUCAACACGCUUCACCAACUGGCCAAGCUUCCACUUUGCUUGCCCCACAUCCGCGCCCUUGAUCUCAGCGACAACCCCAUCGCUAAGAGCGACGAACUCAAGCACCUUCAGUCUGCUGGCGAACAAAAGGGCAAGGCCAGCACUGGCGCUGGCAGUCUCAAGAGCCUCACCGAGCUCAAGCUCAAUGGUGCCAGGUUCCGAGAGGAGACUCUGCUGCGCCCCAACGGCGCCGACAUCUACCAACACGACGUCCUCCGCCGCUUCCCUGGACUUUUGAUCUUGGACGGCGUGCAGCUCAACCGUAUCGUUUUCCCCCUCGAGCGCAAGCCAGUUGUGAAGCGCACUGAGGAGGAGCGCAAGCCACUGGCGGCUGUCCCGUUCAGCUUCCCCUUCGACGUCGUCAACACAUUCAAAGAGACGGAUUCUGUCGAGUCGACGGUCAUGUCAUUCUGCCAGAUCUUCUUUACGCUCUUUGACAACAACCGUACCGAAUUGGUGGACAUUUACCACCCCGAAGCCACACUCUCGAUCGCGGCCAACACCCUUCCGAGUCGUUCCGCCCAGGCUGCCGACGUUAGCAAGACGAGGUCUUCGCGCCCAGCCCCCGUGUCCUUUGAGCAAUGGGUCAACCUGCCUGGUCGCAACUUCUUCCGCACGUGCACGACCAUUGAGCAGCGCACCAACACCCUCAAGUCUCCUAUGGACCGCGAGGCGCUACUCACGUGGUGGAAGAAGGUUCCCCGAACGAGGCACCCCAUCACCGACGCGUCAAAGUGGAGCUUUGACUCCUGGUACUUUGACGACAACAACGACCGCAUCUCGGCUGUGAUCCAGGGCGAGUUUGAAGAGCUGCCCUCUGGCACGUACCGAUCGUUCACUCGUACUUUCAUUCUUGGCGCGCCUCCCGCUGGCUCGGCCGCGGCUGCCAAACAGUACCCUUGCAUUGUCCUCUCGGACCAGAUGGUCGUCCACUCGUACUUGGGCACUGGGUCGUUCGAUUCGAAGAGCUCGCUCGUGCAGCCCGACAUUGCCAUUGUUCCUCCGAACGGAGCCGUUCUCGACGAAGCCGGUCAGAAGGCGCUGCUCAUCAAGCAGGUUCGAGCGCGCACGGGCAUGAACGACGCCUAUUCUGAGAUGUGUCUAGCCCAAAACGACUGGGACGUUGAGCGCGCAGUCGCCAACUUCCAAGAGAUCCGUGGCAGCAUUCCUGCCGACGCAUUUGUGUAGACGCGCGCGUCCGAAGGGUUUUCCAUUUCAAUCACCAUCCACUAUCCAACCAUCAUGCGGACUAUUCGCAACCUACAUGUCUGGCUAUAUAGCAUGCUUCCUCCUCAAAUGUAUCCAAAUCACCCCAAGAACGAA